AUGGACGGUCGUCCACCUAAAAGACAACGCAGGUCUAAGGAUUCAAAGCAGGAUGAGCCGAAAAUAAAAUCAAAAAAAGCUCCCACCGUCAUUUCAGGUAGCUCCAGCCCUAUCGAACCAACCGAACCCUUCAGCCUCUCACGACCAAAACCCUCCUACUCGCGCGGCACAACACCAUCAACCCGGCUCCCCUCGUCCUCACCCUCUCCAAACAAAAAGAUCAAAUCGUCACCGAAACCAGACUCAAAAUUAAAGUCCCUGCACAGCUUCUUCCAGCCUUCCACAGAGGGACAGCGAUGGGCGCAAAAGACCGAGAAGCAGCCCCUCCCGCCAGUCAGGGAGACUGUCGAUGUGGACCUGAUUGAAGACGAUUACGACUCCUACGAUGAAAUAUUUACACAACAUCUAGCCAAUGAGCGAACGGCAAUGGGUACCGUGAGCUCUAGCCAGACACGUCAGCCUGCGCCAAAGCCUGCGCCAAAGCCAAAGGCUCCAGUCAACCCGCGCAAGACGACAAAACGGUUCCUUCUGCCUAAGGACUCUGGGUAUAGCACUGCGAAGAAGCCCAUGGUUGCGCAGCCGGCUGGUGAAUUGGACCGUCGACCAUGGGCUCAGCGGUUCGCUCCUGCCAACCUAAGCGAGUUGGCCGUUCACAAGAAAAAGGUCUCGGAUGUACAGCAUUGGUUGGAGGAUGCGUUUGCUGGGAGGCGCUCUGAGAGGUUACUCGUCCUACGGGGUCCGGCAGGCAGUGGGAAAACGACCACUGUGUCCCUACUCUCUGAAUCAAUUGGUUACGACAUUGUCGAGUGGAGGAAUCCCCCGGUUUCAGAAUUUGGAGCUCGCGAUUAUCAAUCCGUGAGCGCGCACUUUGAAGAGUUUCUUGGACGGGGUAAUAAAUUUGGAGGGCUCGAUCUCGAAAAUGCCAGCGAGCUCGAUCCCCAGAAAGAUGCGAAACCUCGGGACAAGCGGAUUCUUCUUAUAGAGGAGUUUCCAACUGUGCUUGGCCGGGCGUCCUCAGCCCUCACGGCGUUUCGGACGUCUCUUCAACAAUAUUUGGCUGCCUCUGCGAAUGAUCAUGCCCGGGGCAGUUUUGGAUCGAAUCAUCCGCCUAUCGUGAUCAUCGUGUCUGAGACGUUGUUGGGAUCUGCGUCAUCAGUUUUAGAUAACCUGACAGUUCACCGGUUACUAGGGCCUACGAUCUACAAUCACCCUGGGACAACGAUAUUGGAUUUCAAUAGCAUUGCACCGACUUUUAUGCACAAGGCUUUGCGGUCUAUCUUGGACAGACAAGCGCGGAACUCUAGACGUGUUCAAAUACCUGGACCUGGUGUUAUAGACAGUAUCUCUGAAAUCGGCGAUAUCCGCAGUGCAAUAUCCGCUCUCGAAUUCCUCUGUCUCAAGGGGGACGAUACGGGGAGAUGGGGAGGCAGCGUGGCCAAAAUAAAGAAAGCUCGAGGCGAGGUUGCUUUGACGGCGAUGGAGAAAGAGUCUCUCAAGAUGAUAACUCAGAGAGAGGCGAGUCUGGGCAUGUUCCACGCCGUUGGAAAGAUCGUGUACAAUAAACGCAUGGACCCGAGUCUAAUCGAGGGCGAUUUCGAGAUCCUUCCACCACCGCCGGAGUAUCUGCGCCAGUAUGCACGACCAAAGGCUUCGCAGGUAUUGGCGAAUGAUCUGGUCGACGAGACCGGGACCGACAUAUCAACGUUCAUCAGUGCUCUACAUGAGAACUACGUCCCCUCCUGCGAUGGGGAUGAUUUUACGGACUAUCUCAACGACUGCAUCGAUGCACUCUCCGAUAGUGAUAUCCUCAGUGCUGAUCGCCGACCAGGGCAAGGAGCACGGGCCGGAAUAGGAACUGGAAUUCCCUCUUUUGGUAGCGGUGUUGACGUGCUCAGACAGGAGGAAAUCAGUUUCCAAGUUGCGGCGCGUGGUCUUCUUUUCGCACUUCCUUACCCAGUCAAGAGAAAGGUUGGGUCUGGAACUGGACGAAGCCGCGCGGGCGAUGCAUACAAGAUGUUUUACCCAGCAUCUCUGCGAUUGUGGAGAGAGGCCGAGGAAAUCGAUGGACUGAUCGACUCAUGGACAAACCGAUUACUCGAUCCUUUUGGACAGCAGCAUCUUUCUCAAAAUGGCUCUGAUCUUAUGGGUGUCAGUUCCUGGAGAAAUCUUCAGGUGGGAAGGUCGGCAUCGGCUAACUCAGGGAACAAAGAUGAUACUUCGAGUAUGGUCACGAUGAUGCCUCGGAAUGAUCUACUGCUUCAUCAACUGCCCUAUAUGGCUGCAAUCCGACGCCAGGACCCGGAUUGCUGGCAGUUGAAUAAGAUCACUAACAUUCGCGCCAACGAGAAUCUUCGUAAUGAUGACAUUGACGGGAUGGAGUCUCCAGGGCAGUCGCGUAUGAAACAACCCAGUCGUACUCAACUGCCCCAGGAAGAGAAAUUGAUUCUCAGUGACGAUGACAUUGUCGAUUGA